GCUGGCGGUGGCAGCCCUGCAGGCUACACAGACCGACAGUCUAUAUGCUGAGGGAGCCAUGUUGAUGCCUGGUUUUGUGUCAAUCGCUUCGUUGUGGAUGGUUACAGGACUGCGCUUUGAGGUCUGGGAGCCUUAGCGGUGAUUCUCGUACCGCGAUGAUAGGAGGAGAGCGGUCUGGGAUGGUACGGUCAGAGGAGAGCUGCUCUUAGGUCACAUCACACAGUGGAUUGAAAGCAAGUUGAUGCUAGUUAGCCUGGUAGCUAGGUAGCAACAGCUGUGCGGACGCUGCGUGGGAUGCGGCGAGUGAACUAAAACAAUCACCCUUGUUGCAUUUUUCUGAGCUAACGUUAGCUAGACUGAUUGAAGUGACCGCACCUGGAGAAACACCUGGGCUGCUGAAUUCAUGUUAGUCUUAUUUGACUUGCCUUUGUGGACCUAGCUAGCUGUUUGCUAACGUUAGCAUGCUGACAAUCAGCUCGGGUCUUCAGUCACGACUAGCUAGCUAAAGAGGAGGCUAACGCAGCGUUACUAUAAGACAAGUGGGGGAGUUCCGUGUUUGUGUGAUAAACAAUCCCCCCCCCCCCCAAAAAAAAAAAAAAAAAAACCUCGAGAGGAGAUAUGGCGACACAUCCAGUCUGCGCGGAAAGCUAUCAAUUCGCCUUCCCAGCUUGCCAAGAAGCGGCUAACGGGCUAGCAGCAUAACUUUCCUCACACGGUGUCGCUCACAAGCUGCAAAGCCCACUUCCUUGCUAGCCGAGUCCUCGUACCUGAAGCAAGCUGGCGGCCCUCCGAGUAGAAGCCGAGGACAAGGAGCUGGGGCCGAUGGCCUGGGUGCUGAAGAUGGACGACGCCACGAUAGAGUCGGGGCUGGUGCACGACUUCGAUGCCAGCCUGUCAGGCAUCGGGCAGGAGCUGGGGGCUGGAGCCUACAGCAUGAGUGAUGUUCUGGCUCUGCCCAUCUUCAAGCAGGAGGACCCCAGCCUUCCUCCUGAAAACGAGACCAAAAAUCCCCCAUUCCAGUAUGUGCUGUGCGCCGCCACCUCCCCUGCUGUCAAGCUGCAUGACGAGACGCUCACAUACCUAAACCAAGGCCAGUCUUACGAGGUGCGUAUGUUGGAUAACAGGAAUCCAGGGGAGCUACCAGAGCUCACCAACAAGAUGGUGAAGAGCAUAGUUCGGGUAGUGUUUCAUGAUCGCCGGCUGCAGUACACAGAGCACCAGCAGCUGGAGGGCUGGAAGUGGAAUCGUCCCGGUGACCGUCUCCUUGACAUAGAUAUCCCCAUGUCAGUGGGCAUUGUGGAGCCAAAGACUCACCCCUCCCAGCUGAACGCGGCAGAGUUUCUGUGGGACCUGAACAAAAGAACUUCUGUUUUUGUGCAGGUGCACUGCAUUAGCACAGAGUUCACUCCCAGGAAGCAUGGCGGAGAGAAGGGCGUCCCCUUCAGGAUCCAGUUCGACACAUUCGCCCUGGGAGAGGGAGGAGAGUACACAGAACACCUCCACUCUGCCUCCUGCCAAAUCAAAGUCUUUAAGCCAAAGGGGGCGGACCGUAAGCAAAAGACAGACAGGGAGAAGAUGGAGAAACGCACACCUCAAGAGAAGGAAAAGUACCAACCUUCUUAUGAUACCACUAUCCUGUCAGAGCAGACAAGACUUGAACCCAUCAUAGAGGAUACCGGCGAUCACGAGCUGAAAAAGUCCAGCAAGCGGACACUUCCCGCUGACUGUGGCGACUCCCUGGCCAAGAGAGGCAGUUGCUCCCCGUGGCCAGAUAAUGCCUACGUCAGCACCAACCAGGCAGCUACUCCCACCUUCAGCUCCGCCCCGCUCUCCACCUACACAACCUCCUCAGUACCUGACAGUGAUUCUUCCUCACCCAAUCACCAGGCAGACCCUGGUAGCCAAGGAAACUCUGAGCAGCUGAGCCCCACUGCCUCCAUACAGGACGCACAGAAGUGGCUGCUGAAAAACCGCUUCAACUCCUACACACGGCUCUUCUCUCACUUCUCAGGUUCUGAUUUGUUGAAGCUAACCCGGGAUGACCUGGUCCAGAUUUGUGGACCAGCAGAUGGGAUCAGACUCUUCAAUGCACUCAAAUCCAGGUCAGUACGUCCCAGGUUAACAGUGUACGUCUGUCAGGAGUCCCCUCCAGAGAGCCCCCUGCUGGAGACACAGGGCACCAAUGAAAACGAAGAACCCAGCAUUUCCUCAAAUUUACACGUGUAUCAUGCUCUGUACUUAGAGGAGCUCACAGCUGCAGAACUCAUCCGCAAGAUGGCAUGUGUGUGCUGCCUUCCACUGGGGAAGAUCAACCAGGUGUACAGACAGGGUCCUACUGGUAUACUUAUCCUGCUCAGUGACCAGAUGGUUUACAACUUGGCUGACGAAACCUGUUUUUUGAUCAGCACUGUGAAAGAUGAACUGGGCGAAGGACUCCAUCUAAUCCUGAAGUAGUGUGGAGAACAGAUGGCAUCACUAAUACAUCACCCUCUGUUUUGGAGCAGAAGCCUCCUCUCCGUCCCUCCCUCACCUGCCUCCCACUCUUUCCUCCUACUUCCUCCUGUUCUCUCUGAAUGGCUCAAUAGAUGGAAAGGAGAGAGACUGUGCUAAAAGCCAUGUAAAUGUUAGAAUCUGACAUGGGUGUGUCCACUGUUUCAUAUUGAAAACACUAUUAACUGAGAAGAUUAGGUAAAAGAAGAGAGACCGGAGGGGGAUAUGGAGUCAGAGGAAACUUAAUGACGUUGUAUGUAUUUUGAUUUUAUUAUUUUAUUUUGCCUUUUAAAUGCUUGUGUUGAGGGAGGGGGGAGGCUCCAGCAGAGAGGUUAGAGUUGCAUUCAGGCUUGAAGGAGGAAUAAAAAAGAAAGCAGAGUUUCCUUAUUGCUCGUUGCCCUUCCUACACAAUGCACACAACCACCACUAGGCCAGUAUUUGAUAACCUGUACUGCUGAACAGCAUGCGAUCUCAACACACUAACCUGCUUGAUGGAGAAAUCCAACUUACUCUGCUUAACAUUCUCGACAAGGGUUGUCUAAAUGAACCAUUCUUUUAAUGGCUGAGUUCGAUGACCCCUGAAAUAUUCAGGACAAAUUUAUGGAUGUCACAAACAUUUUAUUUGAUUUUUUUCUUGGGAAUUUGUCAAAUGGACUGACUUCAUUCACUCGUAUAAAGUCCAGCCAUAUCUUUGUCUCUCAACAUGUGUCCUGUUUGGCUUGCGCUUUAACUGUUUUUAGUUGAUGCUUUAUUUAUGGAUCAAAUGUGUUUGAUGCUCUCAUUGAAUUUACUUGUUUCUGGUGCCAUAUCGGCUUUUUUUUUUUUUUUUUUUUUACUCCAAACUUUUGCUCACAUUCACAAACACAGUGGACAUCUUUGACUCCUCUGUGCUGACUCUGCCACAAUGCUAUAUAGGAGUGAGGUUUAUUCCUUCUGGGUUGUUGCCCAUAAAUGUCAAAACAGAGGAACAAAUCUUCUGACAACUAACUCACGGACAAGGAUGCCUUCUCCAAAAAAAAACCUUCUUUAAUGUGGACCAAACAGGUUUCAGGUUGAUAGGCAUUUUCUGAGGGAAAACCCCUCCUUGAUUUGGUACACCUUGGUCACUGGAACAUUUGUCAAAUUGAUCAAAUGGCAAAUGAAACUAGUGGAGUUGCUUGUGCGCUGCAUUUACAUAAGGCCUCCAUUCCAGGAUCUGCUCUGCAAGAAACAAACCCAACACAUAGGAGGCUGGUAGAAAUGUAUCACUGCAGUAGCCUGGUUUUAAUAGUCUUUAACUGAUGACUAGAAAAUCAUGGCAGCUCCACAUCCAUCUUCAAAAUGUUUUCAAUGUAGCUUAAGUGCAAGGUGUUGGUUUGCAGGGCCUUUACAUUUGAAAAGUUACAGAAAGUCUCACACAGGUCCUUAGUUUAGUUCACCCUCCUUUUUAGAUUUUUUGUGCAUAAUGUCUGGCAAUUUGCAUACAUUUUGAGCGCCUCAAAGUGUCAGAUGGUGUGUGCGUGCGUGUGAGCAUGUGUUUUUCUUUUUCUUUCAAAGAAUACUUAAUUAUGUCAGUUGUUGUCAUUAACUCUUUCCUGUUGGUAUGAUGUAAGUUUUUAGCUUGCUAUUUAGUAAAGAGCAUGUGGAGGAUGGUAAAAGGAGAGAGGGAGAUAUACUCUGUUUUUGAUGAGUUGACCCCUCUGUUUUUCUCCAAAAGUUAGAGACCAAGUCUGUACUGAAAACUCACAAAACUCAAGCUUGAUGUUUAGUCAGUAGUCCUACAGCCACAACCUCGUUAUACUCACCUGAAAGAAGGAGAAAAAAUGAUUUAGAGACUAAAAAAUUGCUGUUGAUGUCUCACCAUGCGCCAGAGCCAGGACUGUAGCUCUUGUGAUGUUUACAAGGCAAAGUUAACUGUGUUCAUAGACUCAAAGAAUUCGUGAGUAAUAGAAUGGAUGUGACACCAAGUUUUGGUCCCCCAAAGACCUGACCCAGUCGUUUGUAUGUCUGUGUGAGACAGUGUAAGCAGGAGAGGUGACCACAGUUCAUGUACAGCCUAAUGUCAAUGAUGAUGCUUCUCAUGUGAACAGUAUCGUAUGCUGGAGAUGUACACAACCACAUGUGCUGGGAAUAAAUGAUUUCAUAACUUU